GUCCGGAGUGUGCUCUGCCAUUCGGUGCCUCAUCUGUUUUCAAUGGAGCUGUAUUUUGUGAAAACGUUUCUGGGCAAGCUCCAAGCGUUCAGCAGUGCCGGCUGGUGUGUCGCCAGGGCUUCCACAGCGCCUCUUCCGGCACGUCGUUUCAGUGUGAUGUGCAACAGCAUCGAUGGGUCUCAGCUGCCCCGCUCUAUCAGGCCUGCCAGAAGCUCCAGUUACUUCAGACAGUCCAAGCUCAAACACAUUUUCAACUACUACUACCUGCUGAGAAGACUUGUAGUUCUGACUACUCUGGAUUACUCCAGGCAUUCCAGAUAUUUAUUUUAGAUGAGUUGAAGGCCCGUGGUUUAUGUCAUCUCCAGGUAAAUGUGUUUGGAAAUACUGGCUCGGUUUCUGCCUGUGAUGAUUCCACUGUCUACGUUGAAUGCCUGAGUGUGGACCACCUGGGGGUGAAUGUCACGUGGAGGACUCAGCUGGAAAACAUCCCGGCAACUUCUCUCCCUGACUUACAUGAUAUUGAAAAUGCAAUUGUUGGAGAAAAUCUCAUUGGAGCAUUUAUAAAAGAGAUUAAGGAUGGUGGUUUUCUGCUGCAUUUAGACUCCAAGCAAUUCCUAGGAGAUUCUUUCAUUGACUUUCCCCGGGAUGAAGAGUUUGAUCUGUCUCCGAGUGUGCAGCUAGGAUGUGUAAGCGGGUUUCGAAGAAUUUCGUCUCCUGGGAAAGCAGUCCCAAAUUCACAAGGAUGUGGUAUCACGUACUGUCAAAGCAAUGAGCAGGGUCUGCAGUGUGAUGAAGAUGGCCAGUUUAGACCUUCCCAGCAGGACCCUGACACUAAGAAAUCCUUCUGCGUCGAUAGCUUUGGAGCAGCGCUGGACUGGACUGAAACAGAUGAUCUCCUUACAGACUACCAGUGCCUAGGACAAGCAUUUAACUCAUCUGGACUCAAGACCUUUGAAAGGACCAGUUUUCAGAAUGUGCUUUCUGGCGUGUAUCGCUCUGUGGCGCUCUCAGCAGCGAGCGCAUCUCUGACAGAUGCGCAGCUCUUCUGUCGGCAGACUUGCAGCAGGGACUCCUGCUGUGACGGCUUCAUCUUGAGUCAGAUUGCGCUUGACGGAGGUACCAUUUUGUGUAGUUUGAUGAGCUACCCAGACGUGCUGAUCUGCGAUGCAAAUGGCUGGAGUCCAACACCAGCACCUGUCAUGGAUGAGCUGUGUAAAGGUGUGAGCUAUGAUGAAAAAGAGAAGAUGUUUUCUUUCACCCUGGGAGGACAAAUGUUUGGUGGAACUUCUAAGUUGGCAGAAGAGGCAGAAAGAGAUUUUACUACCUUUCAGCAAGUUUAUCUGUGGAGAGGCUCCGAUAUGGUCACCCGGACUAGAACCUCAGAGUGCAAUGCUACCGCUUUGAAGACAGAGAGUGAUCUAACGUUAUCAGAUUCCACAAAGGAUCUUUUCUACCUAAUGGACAACAGCCAGAUACAAAGUGACCAGAACUAUUCUCUCCCUUACCAGCAGUAUUGGAUCUUCAGGCAGAAGUACUCAGCAGAGGAAGCUGUGCUUUGGUGUCUGACACGUUGUGCACAAGAAGAUGAGUUUUGUCGAAUGGCAGAUCUUCGAAAUGCUGCAGACAAACACUUUGUGUGUACCCUCUAUCCAGAGGCACAGAUUUGUGAUGGCAACCUCGACCAAAUACCAGAAAGCUGUCGAACAGUGCUGCCCUGGCAACCACAGACAUUGUAUCGUAAAAUAGUCACUCUAAAAAGUUCUGUGAAGAGUUUCUACACACGUGUACCAUUCCAGAAAGUAAUGGGGAUCUCAGUGAGGAAUAAGACUGACAUGAGCAGAAAAGCUGUUUCAGAUGGUUUCUUUGAGUGUGAGCGUUGGUGUGAUGCUGACCCCUGUUGCACGGGAUUUGGCUUUUUUAAUGACUCUCAGCUAUCAGGUGGAAAGAUCACGUGCCUGACUCUGAACAGCCUAGGAAUCCAGACGUGCGCUGAAGAAACAAGAAGUGUUUGGCAAGUUUCAAAUUGUAGUUCACCAGAUGCUGAAGUCAGAAUACACCCGUUUGGCUGGUACCAAAAGCCUGCUGACUUGAAGAACACCAUGCCUAACCUGUGUCCACCUGUUAGUUUACCUCUCAGGCCAGAAAGUGAGUAUUCAGAUAUAUGGCAACCCUUAAAUGUAUCCUCUGUUCUCAUGGAUUCAUCCAUCUCAAACUUUGAAGUUGUGCAAGUUAGUAGAGAUAUAUCGAAUGACUUCUUCACUGCUAGAGACUUCUGUCUAUCCGCUUGUUCAAAGAACCAGUCAUGUACAGUGGUUACGCUGGAAAUCCAGCCUUCAGCAGUAAGAUGCCUUUUCUACCCUGACACGCAGAUAUGCACACAUGGCCUGCAAGGACACAGCUGCCGGGUUUUACUCAAAGAGCCAGCUACAUUUAUCUAUAGGAGACAAGAUUUAUUCCUGCCCAUUUCUGAAUCAGAUUUAACCCCAUCUGUGCACAUCCCAUCCCAUGGAGAUCUGAUGGGCAAAUCCCAGGUGAUCCGUGUUGGCUCAGAGUGGAGAAAUAUCAGCCAGUUCCUGGGCAUCCCAUAUGCUGCACCUCCCCUUGCAGAGAGACGCUUCAGUCCUCCAGAGCCGUUUGCUUGGGUGGAAACCUGGAAUGCUACUGUGGCUCGGGCAGCUUGUUGGCAGCCAGGAGAUGGAGAGGCCCCGUCAUACUCUGUCAGUGAAGACUGCCUAUAUCUGAAUGUCUUUGUUCCUGCCACCACUGUCAAAAACAUGUCAGUGUUGCUGUUCUUCCACAACGGAGGGAGUUACAAUGCUGAGGUGGGAAAGACAACCAUAGAUGGAUCAUACCUAGCUGCCAUCAGUAAUGUCAUUGUUGUGACGGCAAACUACCGGGUUGGUGUUUUUGGCUUCUUUAGUACUG